AUGAAAAAAAAAUGCGGGUAUUUAUCUACAGGCCUUUCAUUUCGGAAUUUGGCCAUUACAUUAAGAAUGGGUGCUUCGACUGUCGGUAAAAUUGUACACGAGACUUGUAAAGUAAUCUGGCAAGAAUUAGUUGAUGAUUUCAUGCCUAUUCCAAAUCAAGAUCGGUUUGUAAAAAUUGCAGAUGAUUUUUACAAUCGUUGGAAAUUUCCUAACUGUAUAGGAUGUAUAGAUGGCAAGCAUUGUCAAAUUAAAUGUCCCGUCAAUAAUGGAUCAAGCUUUACUUCAAGGCGUAGCGGAUGCAGACAAAAAUUUAUAUUUAUUGAGGUCGGAUCUAGAGGUAAGCAGAGUGAUGGAGGUACAUUCGCAGCAUCCACACUUUUUCAACAUUUACAAUCAAAUACGUUUGUGCCACUUGAUAAAGAGUUACCUGGAACUACAAUUAAACUACCUUACGUGCUCAUUGGCGACGAAGCAUAUCCUUUAAAAACGUUUCUCAUGAGACCAUUUCCAAGUCGCAAUCUUAAUGCCAUUAGAGAAAAUUAUAAUAAACGUUUGUCUGCAGCUAGAAAAUGA